AUGCAUAUAUGGACACCCUUGGACUGCUUUCCCCCUCUGUGGAUCAGCUCCUCAGUUCCCAGCUGCAGAGCUGUUCUCUGUGGUUUGGGUUUGUUCGGGGAUGGCCUUUGUGACCUUGCUGUGUCCUGUCCCCCAGGAAGCCACGAUCAUGGCCUGUCUGUCAGUGCCUGGAGGACCUUCUUCGUGGCAAAUGAGUGGAAUGAGAUCCAGACAAUGAGGAAACUCAAUCCUGUGCUGCAGCUCCUCCUAGUUCUCCUGAUACUGCAGGUUAUUGGAGUAGAGAACAUUGCAUCCAGGGACCUCAGCCUCAUGGUACAGCCAGGGGGUGAAGAGUACACCGCUCCCUGGAGUCCCAUCCUUAGAUACGGCCUCACUGCUUCAGUCUGGCUGGCUGUGGGCCUAGUGCAGGUCCUCUUUCACCUGGUUAUCUAUGAGCGCUUUGUGGAGGACAAAAUUCGUCAGUUUGUGGACCUCUGUGCCUUGAGUAACGUAUCUGUGUUCAUACUUGCACACCGUUGCUACGGUUACUACAUCCAUGGUCGCUCAGUGCACGGGCAUGCUGAUGUCAACAUGGAGGCUAUAAGGGCCAACCUGAGGAGGGAGGAGGAGAACCUCUGUGCCUUGCGGGGGCUGGAACCAAACUCAGACACCCAGACCUUUGAGGUUGCCCUGACAGAGAGGGUGAGGCAGAGGCUGGACAGAAUCUUGUUGCCGAUUAAAGAGGCUUCAGUUGCCACACAUCAGCACGGUGGGGCAGAGGGACCACAGGAGCAGACCACUAAAGCCUAUUACUCCAUGAAUAGGUUCCUCUCCUCUUUCAUAGAGCAUGCCAAUAAAGAUAUGGAUUACAUAUUAAAGGACAAACUGCUGUUGGAGAGAAUUAUGAAGUAUGAAUUUCAGCAGCCGAUUGAGAGGACCAUCUUCUAUAGGGAUCCAGAUUCCAUUGCUUUCAGCAAUGUCCUGUACUACGGCCAUGAACUAACCCUCCUGCUCUUCGAUACGCUGCUCUUCUGCAUCAUUGACUUGGGCUCACAGGACCUGGUGCUGGCUACAAUCCUGACCUCCGCAGUUCAGCAGGUUAUAGCAGCCCUGAGGUACUAUAUCUCCAGACACAAUGUCUCCAAGAAGACCCUAGUGGAUAAGUGUUUCCUCAUCUAA